AUGGAAAAUCCAGAAGAUUCUACUUUCAAAACAGUAUCUAACUUUGUUAGUAACUAUAAUGAAAAGGGUUCCAAGAAACUUUCCUGCAACAUGGUGUCACCAUGCCCUGUCCACGUUAGGCGUUCGUCAUUUGCAGAAGCAAAGGAGCGAUUGAAAAAGCUCGAGCGAGAUUAUCAACACGCCUACAAGAUGUACACAGAACUACAAUCAGAGUGGUAUAGACACUGCACUGAAUUACGACGUUCAGAACAUCACAGUCGCUGGGCUAGAAGCUGUAUCUAUCACACCGAGAAUGUGGUGGAGCAACUGCAGAAUGUUCUUGACCAGCUGAAUACAGAAGAAGCACCACAAAGAGGAAGAGACACACCUAGUAACGUAUAUGGCAAGCAAUUCUUCUUGAUGCACGGUUGUAAAAGCUUGGCGCAAGAAAAGAUGAUACUGCAGCUGAAAACAGUAAACAAAGAGGAGCACGAUGAUGGCCUGAGUCAAAAAACAAUCGAUGUCAAAAGAAUGAAUGAGGAGUUCAGCCGCAUGCAAAGAACAAUUCCAAAGAGUAGCAGCAAGAAACCUAUACACGAUCUGUUGAGGAGAGUUAAAGAGAUAAAGAAGUUGAGGGAGAAGGAUAUUGCAAACGGUGCACUGGUUGGAAACAGCACAAGUCAUGACAAUAUGAAAAAUUCUACGAGAAUCGAAAUAAAGCUUCUGAACAAGAUAAUGAGAGCUUUUGAGAAAGACAGAGGGGAGACAGAGAAUAUUUUGGAAGAUCAAAGAAUAAUUGAAGAAGGAUACAAAGAAAAGGUGUGGCAUCUACGAGAAAAAUGUGAAUGCAUAGGUGAGAAACAAGAUGCAGAAAAGAAAUACAUUCUCGGCUUGAAGAACAAUUUCAGGUCGAGGCACAAAACUACUUCACAAAGAAAAAAGCUGCCCAAAAGGGUAACUUCAGAGAUCUAUUCCGAGGAAUAG